GCUCCGUGCUUCGUUCUGAGCCGAGCCUGGUGCCGAGCGCAGGAAGCUCUGCAGGCGGCGGAGGCGGCGGCAGCGGCGGCAGCGGCGGCGUCCUGAGCUCCGGGGCAGCCCGCUCCCUCCUCCCGGUCUCUUCUUUCCUGCGGUCAGCAUGAAAGCCUUCAGUCCAGUGAGGUCCGUUAGGAAAAACAGCCUUUCGGACCACAGCCUGGGCAUCUCCCGGAGCAAAACCCCGGUGGACGACCCGAUGAGCCUGCUGUACAACAUGAACGACUGCUACUCCAAGCUCAAGGAGCUGGUGCCCAGCAUCCCUCAGAACAAGAAGGUGAGCAAGAUGGAAAUCCUGCAGCACGUCAUCGACUACAUCUUGGACCUGCAGAUCGCCCUGGACUCGCACCCCACUAUUGUCAGCCUGCACCACCAGCGACCCGGGCAGAGCCAGGCAUCCAGGACGCCGCUGACCACCCUAAAUACGGACAUCAGCAUCCUGUCCUUGCAGGCUUCUGAAUUCCCUUCUGAGUUAAUGUCAAGUGACAGCAAAGCGCUCUGUGGCUGAAUAAAUGGUGUUCAUGACUCUUUCCCCCCCCACCACCCCCUUUGCACAACAACAGCAACAAAUCCACAGGCUCUUUUAAGGCGCUGAACUUAUUUUUCAACCAUUUCCCAAGGAGGACAAGUCAAAUGGACCUUUAAAAAAAAAAAAAAUGGAAGGAAAACUAAGAACGGUCGACUUGCCCAGUGUUCUCUGACCUGGACUGUGUACUAGUUAUUUAUGAAAAAGACUUUUAAAUGCCCUUUCUGCAGUUGGAAGGUUUUCUUUAUAUACUAUUCCCACCAUGGGGAGCGAAAAACGUUAAAAUCACAAGGAAUUGCCCAAUUUAAGCAGACUUUGCCUUUUUUCAAAGGUGGAGCGUGAAUACCAGAAGGAUCCAGUAUUCAGUUACUUACAUGAAGUCUUUCGGUCAGAAAUUACCUUUUUGACGCAAGCCUACUGAAUGCUGUGUAUAUAUUUAUAUAUAAAUAUAUAUAUAUAUUGAGUGAAACCUCGUGAACUCUUUCCUUAGAGUUUCCUUGUACAGCGGCAGAGAUGUCAAUUUCUGCAUCAAAGUGUAAUGAUGUACUUAUUCAUGCUAAACUUUUUAUAAAAGUUUAGUUGUAAACUUAACCCUUUUAUACAAAAUAAAUCAAGUGUGUUUAUUGAAUGGUGAUUGCCUGCUUUAUUUCAGAGGACCAGUGCUUUGAUUUUUAUCAUGCUAUGUUAUAACUGAACCCAAAUAAAUACAAGUUCAAAUUUAUGUAGACUGUAUAAGAUUAUAAUAAAAACAUGUCUGAAAUCAA